AUGCUCAGGACAACAACCGCAUCCAUGUGGGCCUCCUCCGCCAGGAUCCUCCGUCAACCCCUUUCUUCUUCCACAACUCGCUUCUCCAGGACCGCAGCCGUCUCGUCCCUCUCCGCCUCAGCCCGUCUCUUCUCCAUCUCUGCCUCCGCCUCGUCCCCACCACCUCCUCCUCAGCACUACAACUCUACUACUAGCGCAGCUGCCCCUCGCCACCCCAGGGUUCUGGUCACCGGAUCGUUGGGUCAGCUUGGUUCUGGACUCGUCAAGGAGCUUCGUUCGAUGUAUGGAAACGAGAACGUGGUUGCUUCGGAUAUCCGCAAGGCCCCUGAGGAGUUCAUGGCCUCGGGUCCCUUUGUCUAUGCCGACGUUAUGAACUACUCUAUGCUCGAGCGCAUCGUUGUCGACUGGCGCAUUGACUGGGUGGUGCACUACUCGGCAUUGUUGUCGGCGGUCGCAGAGAAGAACCCUGCCCUGGCAUUGAGCGUCAACAUGACUGGUUUCCAGAACAUGCUCGAGCUGGCCAAGGUCCACCGUCUCCGACUUUACUCACCCUCGACCAUUGGUGCAUUUGGCCCCUCGACGCCCAAGAACAACACCCCUGAUCUUACGAUUAUGAGACCCAAUACUAUUUAUGGUAUUACCAAGCUGCACAACGAGCUCCUCGGCGAGUACUACAGAGAAAAGUUUGGUGUAGACUUCCGGUCGGCCCGUUACCCCGGCGUCCUGAGCGCAGAUACCCCUCCAGGCGGCGGAACUACCGACUACGCCGUCGACAUCUUCCACCACGCCAUCAGGACUGGUCACUACGACUGCUUCCUCUCUAAGGACACCCGCCUCCCCAUGAUGUACCUCUCUGACUGCAUCAAGGGCACAGUCGACCACCUCACUCACCCCACUCCUCUCCCCCAAUCUGUCUAUAACAUCGCCGCUUGUUCUUUUACUCCUGCCGAGCUUACAGCAGAAAUCCAGAAGUAUUUGCCUCACUUCACAAUUUCUUACCCUGAUCCUUCCAGACCCGAUUUCCGCCAGGCCAUUGCGGAUUCAUGGCCUGCUUCAUUGGAUGAUUCGAUGGCGAGACGGGAUUUCGGAUGGAAGGAGGAGUUUGGUAUGGAGAAGAUGGUCAAGUUGAUGUUGGAUAAGAUCCAGGCUCAGGUUGAUGCUGAGAAGAAGGUUACCAACGGACCUGCUGCCAUGGCUGCUUAA